CGAGCGUAGGAUGAGUUGAAUGAUAAUUGUCAAACUUGUCAAUAUACGUCACAUGCAAGUGAAAUUAUCUCCAGCCACCAUUUUAUUAUUUGCAAAAUAUUAUUACUAAAUUCGUAAUAUUAUCCAUUUGAAUAAACUAUUUUAUUUCAGGUGACACUUCUCAAGUAGCGAGGCUACGCCCAAAUUUCUGUUGUGGAUUGUUUAAUUUGCCUUCAACAUAGGCCUAUCAGACACCGCCGUUAUGGACAUGAUGGUAUCGACACUGCAACAACAGCGAGCUGUGACUGAGCAGCUGCGGAGGGAAGCAGCUAUAAAGCGAAUCCCCGUGUCGUCGGCGGUGGCCGACAUCGUGCGGUACAUCAACGAGCACGAGCAGGAGGACUGCCUGCUCGUCGGCUUCUCGAGUCAAAAAGUCAAUCCUUUUCGCGAAAAAAGCUCUUGCACUGUUCUUUAAAAAAGUAUUUUACAUGUAACUUGGAAAUAUGUUGAAUCUUAUCCUCAUCAAAGCUAAGUUCUUGAUCUACAUGUUUCAACUAUUUGUUUAAGUUCAAGUGGUACGUGUUAACUAUGUUUCUAAUCCAUCAUAAAACAGAUUUUAUGCUUGCAAAACAAUUUUGUACUUCAGAUAAUGUAAAUCACUGUCUCUUAUGGUCAUAAAUAUAUUUUAAAAAUGA